AUGUCAUCUGAUGAGGAGAUUUUCGUCAGCAGGCGCUCUUGUAAGCGAAGAUUUGUAGAUUCAGAUGAUAAUACAUCCGAUGCAGGUCAGUUGGGGUCUGAGUCCAUCCAGCAUCAGCAGGAGCCUGAGUCAUCAUUUGUGAUCCGUUCCAAUAAAAAUCACCCUUAUGGAAAGAGCGGUUAUAAAUGGUCUACUAGACCUCGCAAUCCACGAGCUAGAACAUCUUCUCGUAAUGUGAUUCACGUAGUCCCUGGACCUGCAGGUGUAGCCAAAGAAAUAACAGACCCCAGAGAAUUAAUUCUCCUGUUCAUUUCCUAUGAAAUGAUCAAUGAGAUGGUUACUUAUACCAACUCGGAGAUUGACAUCAAGAAGUCUAAAUACAAACUGGAGAAGUAUACCAACUCGCAUACUUCCACUAACGAAGUGACGGCUUGA